GCUUGAUGCUGGUCAACAACAGCUGCUUUGCCAGAAACCAGAAGGCAGUAAGAAGUUGGCGAUGUGAUAUGUACACCAACUAACCUGUAUUGGGUUUGAAAGUGCAUGUGUGCUGUCCGCUGCUCGUCUAUGGUGUUGCUAUAAGCUCUGCUGCAGUCUCUUGAAAGGAGCACCAUGGCAAUGUGGAUCCAGGCCCAGCAGCUGCAGGGUGAGGCGUUGCACCAGAUGCAGGCACUGUAUGGUCAGCAUUUUCCCAUUGAGGUGCGACACUACCUGGCCCAGUGGAUUGAGAGCCAGCUCUGGGAUUCAGUGGAGUUGGACAACCCAGCGGAGGAGGCCAAAGCCAAGCGUCUGCUGGACAACCUGGUGGCUGAGCUGCAGAGGAAAGCCCAGCUUCAGGGAGGAGAGGAUGGAUUUCUGCUCAAGAUAAAGCUUGGCCACUACGCCAACCAGCUCAAGAGCACUUAUGACCGCUGCCCUUUAGAGCUGGUGCGUUGCAUAAAACACAUCCUGCACUCAGAGCAGAGGCUGGUUCAAGAAGCUACAAAUGCCAGCUCUGGGAGUGGCGGGCAGGCCAUGGACAGCUUGUCACAACGCCACCAGCAGAUCAACCAGGCCUUUGAGGAGCUUCGCCUGGCCACACAGGAGACUGAGAAUGAACUGAGAAAGCUGCAGCACAGCCAGGAGUACUUCAUCAUCCAGUACCAGGAGAAUCUACGCAUCCAGGCCCAGCUGAGCAGCCUGUCUUCACUGCCUGCAGCCGAGCGCACCCAGCGGGAGACAACCCUACAGAGCAAGAGGGCCACUGUGGAGGCCUGGCUCACCAGAGAGGCCAGCACACUACAGAAAUACAGGCUUGACCUGUCAGAACAACACCAGAAGACCCUGGCCAUGUUGAGAAAGCAGCAGACAAUGAUCCUCGAUGAGGAGCUCAUCCUGUGGAAGAGGAGGCAGCAGCUGGCGGGCAACGGGGGUCCUCAUGAGGGGGGACUGGAUGUUCUCCAGUCCUGGUGUGAAAAGCUGGCUGAUAUGAUCUGGCAGAACCGGCAGCAGAUCCGGCGCUGUGAACAUCUAACCCAGCAGCUUCCUCUGCCGGGCCCCAUGGAAGAGCUGCUAAGCAAACUCAACGCUGACAUCACUGAUAUCAUCUCCGCCCUGGUUACCAGUACAUUCAUCAUUGAAAAGCAGCCGCCCCAGGUGCUAAAGACCCAGACCAAGUUUGCAGCCACAGUGCGCCUUCUGGUUGGCGGGAAGCUCAACGUCCACAUGAACCCACCUCAGGUCAAGGCUGUCAUUGUUAGUGAGCAGCAGGCCAAAGCUCUGCUGAAGAAUGAGAGCACACACAGUGAAAGCAGUGGAGAAAUCCUCAACAACAACUGUGUGAUGGAGUAUCACCAGGCCACUGGUACCCUUAGUGCACACUUUAGAAACAUGUCACUGAAGCGGAUCAAGCGUUCGGACCGCCGAGGUGCGGAGUCAGUGACGGAGGAGAAGUUCACAGUUCUGUUUGAGUCACAGUUCAGCGUUGGGGGCAACGAGCUGGUCUUCCAUGUCAAAACCUUAUCCCUGCCUGUGGUAGUGAUCGUCCAUGGCAGUCAGGACAACAACGCCACAGCAACAGUCCUGUGGGACAACGCCUUCGCUGAGCCAGGCAGGGUGCCGUUCAUUGUGCCAGACAAGGUGCUGUGGCCUCAACUGUGCGAGGCCCUCAAUAUGAAGUACAAGGCUGAGAUGCACAGUGGCCGUGGCUUGUCAGAGGAUAACCUGGUCUUCCUGGCACAGAAGGCUUUUACAAGCAGCAGCAACAACCCAGAGGACUACCGCAACAUGACCAUAUCCUGGGCCCAGUUCAACCGGGAGAGCUUACCUGGACGCAACUUCACCUUCUGGCAGUGGUUUGACGGAGUUGUGGAACUCAUGAAGAAACAUCUCAAGCCUCACUGGAAUGAUGGGGCCAUCCUGGGCUUUGUAAACAAGCAGCAGGCACAGGACAUGUUGCUGUCCAAACCCAACGGCACCUUCCUGCUGAGAUUCAGUGACUCUGAGAUCGGAGGCAUCACCAUUGCCUGGGUGGCUGAGAACCCCAACAAACCAGGAGAGAGGCUGGUCUGGAAUCUGCUGCCUUAUACAACCAAGGACUUCUCCAUUCGCUCCCUGGCUGACCGCAUCAGCGACCUGAACCACCUUCUUUUUCUCUACCCUGACCGGCCCAAAGACGAGGUCUUCGCCAAAUACUACACCCCUCCACUCUCCAAAGCAGUGGAUGGAUAUGUAAAACCACAGAUCAAACAAGUUGUGCCAGAAUUCACCACCCCGAACCCUGAACCCAGUGGUGGAACUCCGACAUUCAUGGACCAGACAGCUUCUCCCUCUGUGAGCCACCCCAACAACUUUGGUGUCUACCCUUCUAUGAGUGACACCAUGUUGGAUGCAGAUGGAGACUUUGACCUGGACGACACAAUGGACGUUGCCCGCCAUGUGGAGGAGCUGCUGCGCAGGCCUAUGGCAAACCAGUGGAGCAGCCAGCAGUCCUGAACCCGAGCCUGCAGUACCCCUUCAGGUUUUCUCCUUCUUAUCCAACAGAAACACCUUAACCUGUAAUUUCUACCGGACUGCAACAACAGAAAAACAUUUCCUGUCUUUGUCGAUUACUCUGUCAGAUCCACAUUACAACUGACUGUUCAUCUUCAGUUUUAGCUGCCCAAUGGAGUUUUGGAAGAGAACAUGUCUGGUAAUGAAUAACCUUCUGCUUGCACAAGUGUCUGUGUAGAGAAAGUAAACCUACCAUCAAGAGUCAAUGUUACUGGCAUUUGACAGAGGCCGCUGUUAUUCUCCCACUUAUCCUCUCCCACUUUCUCAGGGCUGUCUUAUGGAGCUGAUUUUGGUCAAUGGGAUUUUUAUACAAAACUGAGUCACUGCGUUAGUUUUUAUGUGCUAUCAUGUGUUUGAUGAGCUUUUAGCUGGCACUGGCAGACUUUCACAUAAAAUUCACAGUAAACAAGCUAGCUUCUCUUAUUUUUUAAAAGGGUGUUUUCCAGUUUACACAAUUAACAUUGGUUAAUGUGACUAAAUCAAAAUAAUAACUUUUUUUUUUUUAAUCUAGAAAAUUCUUAUAUAAAAACAAGACUUAUAGUAAGACUAUGUAACCUUUGUGGAACAUCAGCCACUGUGACCAUAAGUAGUAUUUGCAGGACGAUGGCAAAUUUUCCUUUAUUUCCUUGAGUCAGUUUCUUUCUAAAGGCGUCCACAUUAGGCGACCUGACAGAGAGGGUGGAAUGGGACAACAAGCAGCAGCAACAAACAUGUCUGCAAGUCAAGUACAUUGGAGCUGUCAAGAAGUGCACAAACGUGCCAGCAAAGGCAGGAAAGAACAAGAUUGCUAAGUAAACAUGGAUGUAAACAGUUUGCCAGUACCAGUCACCAAGUGAUACCGAUACCAAUAGUGCUUCAUUCGAUACCUUGCUUGAAAUUCCACUUGUUGAAGUCAUAGUAGUUGAUAAACAAGCAAGGUGGUUUACAAUAUUGGGAAAUGUGUCAGAUUGCUCCUCAUCCUAAUUAGGUUAUCCUCAGAGGAAGGACGACAGCUUGGGUUUGAAUCAUCACAUGAUUUGUGGAAAACAAAUUUAAGUUAAAUCUUUCAUAUGUAUGUUGAAAUUCAACAACAGAAUUAUUUUGUUAACUUUAGAUCGAUAAACUGUUUGAAAGAUCUCCACGAGAGCUUUUUCCCUUAGUGGUGAGUCGCAAACCUCCUCUAAAAAAGACGACAGUAAGAAGUAAAAAAUUUCUAAGGAGUCUACUACACUAAAGAGUCAAACAGAGGAGAGUCUGCACAUCCAGCCGACCACACCAACUACAUCUGAUAUUAGCUGCAGCCGGAGGCUCCGUGAGUAAAAUCAGCUGGUUUCUGCUGCGCCACAGAAGCGUUUAAUUGAUAUGAUGGAACGCAGCGAUUGAUCAGUGACAAGUGUAGUGAAUAGCAAAUAAAAAUGUACAGAGUAAAUGAUACGAGAAGAUGAAACCAUCGGAAAGCCAAGCUUGUGGUGAUAAACUUGCCUGAGACCACAGCUGAAGGUGAGCGGCUGUUAAAAUCACGCAUGGACUUACAAGCAGCUGCAGGCACAUGAGGGGGAAAAAAAGAGGCAUGCGCUUUUCUUUCUUUCAGGUGUGUUGCUUACGUAUUUGGCUGCAAGCAAAACCAUACAAAUAGUCUUUUUUUUGCCACGAUCUGUUUUAAAAAACAUAUCGAAUGAAGUACUGGUUUCUCGAUACUGGGCUGUUUGACUAUUUCGGUAUCGAGUAGCGAUACCUUUAAGGUAUCGCUAGUGAUGCUGUAUAUUGUUUUAGUGGUCUGAAUUCUUUCCUCAGCAGUUAGAGAGUUGAACUUUGGGUGAACUGUAAAAUCACAAAGCUAAAACCACUUUCUCUAAUUAAAACGCUGACACGGCAAUCAGCUGAGUUAAAAACCCACAGCAAGUUGUGAUUUAGCUGGAUCCGUUCUAAACCACAGCUAAUCUAGUCAGUGACACAGCAGCAGACUUGGAGUAUUUACUUUUGUGAUAAAACUACCAACAUGUUUUCUGUAACAUGCUAACACAUAGUGAACUGGAACAACAGCACACUUGGAGAUGACUGCUCAUACUAGACCAGGUAACACUGUAGCAGCACAGCUCCUGAUUGGGUUAAACAGAACAAGGGUGAGUUUAUUACUUAUCAAUUUAACUUUUUGUAAGUGGCUGAUUUGUUUUAUUUCUUCUCUCAAAGGUUACAUAGUCUGUGUUUAAGUACUCAAAUCUUUAUUUUAAAUCUAACUGCUGCUGUUUGGUGCUUUUUUGUAUGACAUUGUUUCUUAAUUGCUUCUAUUACAGCCAUUCUCUGACAGUCUUUGCCUCACAGCAAAAUGUUCAAGUUGUUUUAGGUGCUAUAAUUUGGUCAAUAUCUGCUUAUUGAUAUUAACACUCUUAAAAUUUUAUCAGAGUUUUAUAUACAAAUGUUUGUACAAUAUGAUAAUUUUAACUGAUAUUUGGUCAUUACUGAAACUUUACAUUGUGGCCUAAUAUCCAUGAGAACCUGAAAUGCAUCCUUGGGGUUUACCAGCCUAAUCAAAUUAGGCUUUAACGUGAAGAGCAGUAAAUAAAGUGAUCACUUACCAAUGUCAGGUCAGUUAAAUGUUACUGUGCCUGAAUUUACUAAAUACAGAUGUUGUAGUCUGUGAUCAGUGAAUGCUCCGUGAAUGUUUGUUCAAAAUUUUAGAGGUUUGUUUGGGUCAUUUAAAUAAGCCUGGAAAUAUGGAAAGGAAUCCCUGACAGUAACCAGUUAGUCUAAUUGUUAACUCUAACUGGCAUUUGUUUACCCCAAGUACUUAAGAAGUGCUGGUUCACUGUGGUGUUUCACUUUCAUUAAGUCUCAGAAAAAACAGUUUCAAUAAAGACAAUAGCCAAAAUAUCCUGACUCUAAUAUAGAUCUAGCUCCAAAAACUCUGGAAACUGCAUGUUUCAUAAUGCAACUCAGUUGCAUGUCCAUCCCAGGCACACCCAUGUCUGUGAAACUCCACACAUUGCGUCUGUUAUAAAUGUAGUUUCCAAACCCAAACCAAGUUUACGGAAGUCCCCUGAGAUAUUUUCUCAGAGGUAGCAGGUCUCACAGGCUGCACAGAACCUGUGGGGUGGAAAUGUUAGAAAUACUGAUGUGGAAAUGUAUGCACACAGAUUGCUAAACCAAGAGAACAGAUAAGACAUGUUGGGAAAUUAUAGUUGAAGGGAUGCACAGUCAAGAUGCAUGUAUUGCAACAAUAAGACUUCUGACCAUAUGAAGGAAAUGGGUGCAGGGUCAGGUAGUGUAUAGGCAGUGUCAUCUGUAAUUCAUACCCACUAAAUAAUAGUAUAAAUUUUAUUCCAGAAGAACAGACCUUUUCAUUUAACUAAACAUUAACAUUACUGAACAUAUUAGGGUUUAUCAGUCCAUGUGUAUUUAUCCGCUCACUCAUUGUAACAAGAUGUGGCCAUGGAUUUCCACACCAGUAUUGUUUCUACACCAGUAUUGUUUCCGCACCAGUAUUGUUUCUGCUAGAUGAGCACCUCCAUGAGGCUGAGACGUCAUCCCAAAACUCACUGCCAUCAGAGUAAUGUUUCUAAACGGAGGAUAUCUUGUUUUGGAACCCAGGGGCAGUGUUUGCAGGACUUCACUGUACCUCCUAAGAUCCUUCAUCAGGAUUUAACAGAAGUGCUCCUCUCAUGCACUGUAUUAACUGCCUGGCACUUAAUUUCUGUCAAAACCCAACGUGAGCUGGACAUUUAGCCUUUGCCAGUCUAAACUUGACUAAAACUAAAAAACUAUUCAUUUUUAAUAGAAUAUUUCAAUACAAUCUUGUGCAGUCAAACCACAGACCCAGUGGAUACACAAAAGUGCUAACCGGCUCAACCAGAAAGGACAAACUUAGUUGUGCAUGUUGCUGUCAAUUCUAGCAUCAUGUGUUGCUUUGUCGAAGUUGGACUGUGGCAGUAACCGUGAAUGACUAUUACAUGUUCAUAGAUAAUCUUAAACAUAUUCCAUGUAUGAAAUUGUGUUGGCAAAAUGGAACCUUAAGUGCUUUGUAUGGUCCUUAAGUGCUUUGUACGGUCUUGCAAGCUAAGCUUAGAUUCCUUUAGAAUGCUCAAACCUCAAACUUCAUCAUACUACUUUCAGUGUACGUUCAGCACUGCUUCUGAAACGGUUCUGCUCUACAUAGAAAGCUUUUUCUAGAUUCUCAGUUAGCCUGAAAUAACACUCAGUAAAUGGUUCUUUUGUGUGGCGAUACAGAGGCUCUGUAGAUCUGAUUGUUAAAGAACAGCACUUUUGAUGCAGGAUAUUUUAAAGCCAUUGUCACUAACACUGCACUACUACCAGCCUCAACCAAGGAAUGUCUAGUCCUUUCCGAAAACACAACUCACUUAGCAUGAAAGUUAACACAGUAAACCUCAGGAAAACUCACUGUGAAAUAAAGAUAGAUGAGUCUAUAUCAACCAAAUAAUACCUGAUGACUCGAGUGUAGAUGGGAUUCUUUUCUAACUCUCGUGCCACUUUUGCCUCUUAUGCUUAUUGUUAUAUUGUUAUUGAAAAACCAAAACACAAACUUUUGUUCUAAAUUAGCUAAAGUGAUCAAGCACUUUGAUGCUCACACCAGCAGUUAUUGGAUGUUAUUGCUAAUGCAGCACCUCUCCUGUUUGUCUUACAAUCAACUUAUUGUAUGUUUGUCUUUAGUGUAAAUCAGUUUUCUAGCUCGCUGCUGCCAUGUGUUUGCUACCUUUUGUACAGUUUGUGGCUUGUUGGGGAAUUUCUUAUUAUCUUCCAUAUUGUGCUACAUUUUGCUGUAAGGUUGAUAUUGGACAUAAAAAUAAAGGUUUUUCUAAUUAAUCAUA